GGUGGGAGCCUGGGCCAGGUCCCGGGCUGCGUCACGGGCGCUGGGCCUCGGCCCGAUCCCGGGUGCGGUACUGGGCCCCGGCUGGGCCCGGGAUGCAGGGUCAAGCCGGGUACCGGGCACCUGUGGGUGCUGGAGGUGAACUGUCCCCGCUGGGGCCGUGGGCAGGCUUGGCCCUGGGGCAGCAGAGCAUGGGGACAGGGGCGGAGGAGCAUCUCUGCCUUGGGGUCAGGGGCAAUUAGACAAAGCGCCGCCUUGGGGACAGGGAUCCAGGGACACCCCUGCCUUCGGAACAGGGGCAGUGGGAUGUCCCUGUCGUGGGUGACACGGCCCCAUUCCCCAGACAGCACGCUCACCUUGCAGGCGUUGUCGCCCAAGCCUGGCACCAUGGACAAACACAUCACUCCAGGGGAGCUGCUGUGUCUGGGCUCCAGCCUCGCCUUCUCUGGCCUCUUCUACUACCUGUACAGGAGGAAAUCCAGAGUCGUGACUCGCAUACAGGAGGCCCCAAAGCUCCAGGUCGAUGACAAUUUGCCAGCCCUGGUGUCUGCAGCUGCGGGGCGGUGCCUGCCUUAUGUUGCCCUGGAAGGCAUAGUGCUGCCAGCCCAGGCUGCACUGACCAGCCACUACCAUGAGGGGCUGCAGGGCGUGAUCCAGAAACUGCAGCUGAAGGAGCAUCGGCUGAUCUGGAACAGCUUGGCCCGGAGCUGGAGCGAGAGCGAGCGGGUGCUCUCAGAGCAGAUCUACACCGUCCCCUUCCUGCUGGCCUCGCCGGGCCCUGAGGCAGCCACGCAGGUGAGUGUGGACAGCCCGCUCCAAGCCGUGUGCCUGCCCCUGGAGAUGGUGUACGAGCGGUUCCAGCAGCCAUCGCACGGCUUCCGCGACCUGCUGGGCCAGUACCUGAUCGGGGAGAAGCCCAAGGGCAUCCUGGAGACAGAGGAGAUGCUGCGGGUGGGGGCCGGGCUGACGGGCAUCGGGGAGCUGUCCCUGCAGCCCGACGGCUCGCUGCACCUCCAGCCGCCGGCCCAGGGAGGCGAGUUUUUCCUGUGCCUGGGGGACUGGCAGACGGUGCUGUCGGAGCUGGAGUCGGCCAGCGGGCUCUGGAAGGGGGCAGCGUUGCUAUGCGCGGCCGCGGGGCUGGCCGUCCUCCUGCACGCCCUGUGCCGCGCCUACCGCCGCUCCCGCCCCGGGCAGCAGCCCGAGGACAAGGAGCUGGAUGGGGAGGAGGGCGGCGACCGGGCACCCGAGGACUCGUGCGUGGUGUGCCUGUCGCGGCCCCGCGAGUGCGUCCUGCUGGGCUGCGGCCACAUCUGCUGCUGCUUCCGCUGCUUCCAAGCCUUGCCCACCCGCCUCUGCCCCAUCUGCCGGGGCCCCAUUGACCGCGUGGUGCCCCUCUACCAGGCCUGAGAGCACCUGGGGGUGCCCAGGCAGGGGCAGCGUGAUCCGGGCCAAGCCUGGAGCCUGCAGAAAUCUCAGCUGUCUCCUCGUGUGCAGCUGUGCAAUUCCUUUUGGGAGGGAGAGGUCUUGGUGUGCCCUUCAAUCUGCUCUGGAGAGGAGGGGAAUUACAGCCUCCUCAUCCUCCCUUUGUCUGCCAGAAGGACCCCCCUAAACGUGAAGGCUUGGGGAAAAUCUACACAAUGCCUGAGCUGAGGAGCUGAGACCCCAACCCCACACUGGGGCACUACUUUGGCUGCCAGCUAUUGGACUUGUGUCUCUUUCUGAGCCAUGACCUCCCAAAAGC